AAAUGGCUGAUUACAAGGCUGGAUCAUUCUGUUGUGAGAGGUUGAGGUGGAAGUGUAGAUGCACAACUUUAUUAGCUAGUGUUGUAUAAACAAUUUACGUUAUGUUUAUACUUAGAUAAACGGAUUGUUUUUGUGCAGCGCAAAAAUAAUAAGUAUAAUUAAGGCACAUUUGUUAUUAGCAAUGUCUGAAUACAGAGCCGAUGAGCUGCAGCAGUACAUAACAAGUACUGUAUAUUAUUAGCGGAGAUAUGUCGUUUGUUAAUUUGGACAAUUCAGUGUAGUCGUACUAUCCAAAACGUCAUUGAGACACAGAAUGAACAGGAAGAAAGGAGACAAGGGGUUUGAAAGCCCGCGACCAUACAAAUUAACCCACCAGGUAGUCUGCAUCAACAACAUAAACUUUCAACGAAAAUCUGUCAUUGGACACGUGGAACUGACGAUAUUUCCAACUGUAACCAACUUAAACAGAAUCAAACUCAACAGCAAGCAAUGCAGAAUCUACAGGGUCCGUGUUAAUGACCUUGAAGCACCUUUCAUUUAUAAUGACCCAACCUUAGAGGUCUGUCACCAUGAAUCAAAGCAGAGAAAUUUGAAUUACUUUUCCAAUGCUUAUGCGGCUGCAGUCAGCGCUGUGGACCCAGACAGUGGAAACGGAGAGCUUUGCAUCAAGGUGCCAUCAGAACUGUGGAAGCAAGGAGAUGAAUUGAAGGUGCUGAAGGUAUAUAUUGAGUUCUCCCUGGACCAGCCAAAAGGAGGACUUCACUUUGUUGUACCUGAUGUGGAAGGCAGCAUGGCAGAGAGAGGAGCCCACGUCUUCUCUUGUGGAUACCAAAAUGCAACAAGAUUCUGGUUUCCCUGUGUGGACUCUUACUCAGAGCUUUGCACAUGGAAGCUGGAGUUCACAGUUGAUGCAGCAAUGGUAGCAGUUUCCUGUGGAGAUCUGGUUGAGACAGUCUACACCCAUGACAUGAGGAAGAAAACUUACCACUACAUGCUGCCAAUUCCAACUGCAGCUCCCAACAUAUCGCUUGCUGUUGGGCCUUUUGAGAUUCUUGUGGACCCAUACAUGCAUGAGGUCACACACUUCUGUUUGCCUCAGCUCCUUCCAUUACUCAAACACUCAAUGUCCUACCUUCAUGAGAUUUUUGAAUUCUUUGAGGAGAUCCUUACCUGUCGAUACCCAUAUUCCUGCUUUAAGACGGUGUUUGUGGAUGAAACCUAUGUGCAAGUAUCAUCUUAUGCAUCCAUGAGUAUUUUCAGUACAAAUCUUUUGCACAGUGCCAUGAUUAUAGAUCAGACCCCCCUGACCAGACGGUGUUUAGCUCAAGCCCUGGCACAGCAGUUCUUUGGCUGCUUUAUAUCCCGAAUGUCCUGGGCUGAUGAAUGGGUUCUGAAAGGGAUAUCUGGAUACAUUUAUGGGCUGUAUUUGAAAAAGACGUUCGGAGUUAAUGAGUACAGACACUGGAUCAAAGAGGAAUUGGACAAAAUAGUGGACUAUGAGUUGAAGACAGGAGCGGUUUUACUGCACCCAAUAUUUGCUGGAGGCAAGGAAAAGGACAACCCCAUGCCACACCUACAUUUUUCAAUAAAACACCCGCACACACUGUGCUGGGAGUACUACAAGAUGUUCCAGUGUAAAGCCCACCUUGUGAUGAGACUGAUAGAAAACAGAAUUAGCAUGGAGUUCAUGCUACAGGUGUUUAACAAGCUUUUGAGUCUGGCUAGCACAGCAUCGUCUCAGAAGUACCAGUCUCAAAUGUGGAGUCAGAUGCUUGUGUCAACAUCUGGGUUCCUGAAAUCCAUCUCCAAUGUCUCUGGGAAGGACAUCAGCCCCUUAAUUAAACAAUGGGUAGACCAGAGCUCAGUGGUAAAGUUCUUUGGCAGCUUUGCCUUCAACAGGAAAAGGAAUGUCCUGGAAUUAGAAAUAAAACAGGAUUACACCUCACCAGGCACCCAAAAAUAUGUGGGUCCUAUCAAAGUGACAGUGCAGGAGUUGGACGGAUCAUUCAACCAUACUUUACAGAUUGAAGAAAACAGCCUCAAACAUGAUAUCCCAUGCCACUCAAAGAGCAGACGAAAUAAGAAAAAGAAAAUCCCAUUGAUGAAUGGAGAAGAAGUGGACAUGGAUCUAUCUGCAAUGGAUGCUGAUUCCCCUUUGUUGUGGAUAAGGAUUGACCCAGACAUGUCAAUAUUAAGGAAAGUAGAGUUUGAACAGGCAGACUUCAUGUGGCAGUACCAGUUACGCUACGAGAGAGAUGUAGUGGCACAGGAAGAAUCCAUAGCUGCUCUGGAGAAAUUCCCUACACCUGCAUCUCGUUUGGCACUCACAGACAUUCUUGAACAGGAACAGUGCUUCUACAAGGUCAGAAUGGAGGCAUGCUUCUGCCUUGCCAAGAUUGCAAACUCAAUGGUGAGCACAUGGACAGGCCCCCCAGCUAUGAAGUCACUCUUCACUCGAAUGUUUUGCUGCAAGAGUUGCCCAAACAUUGUUAAGACCAAUAACUUUAUGGCCUUUCAAAGCUACUUUCUGCAAAAGACUAUGCCAGUGGCUAUGGCCUUGCUUAGAGAUGUGCACAACCUCUGCCCAAAGGAUGUGUUGAACUUUAUUUUAGACCUAAUCAAAUACAAUGACAACAGGAAGAACAAGUUUUCUGAUAAUUACUAUCGUGUUGAACUGAUCGAUGCCCUUGCCAAUUCUGUGACACCUGCCGUCAGUAUAAACAACGAGGUGCGCACUUUGGACAAUUUAAAUGCUGACAUCCAGCUUAUUCUAGAGGAGAUUACCAGGUUUUUAAACAUGGAGAAGCUGCUGCCAAGCUACAGGAACACCAUCACUGUUAGUUGCCUGAGAGCUAUCCGAAUCCUGCAGAAGAAUGGCCACAUUCCCAGUGAUCCCUCGCUUUUUAAAUCCUAUGCCGAGUAUGGCCAGUUUGUGGAUGUUCGUCUUGCUGCCUUGGAAGCAGUUGUUGAUUACACACAAGUUGACAGGAGUUCCGAGGAACUUCAGUGGUUGCUUAAUAUGGUGCAGAAUGAUCCUGUACCUUACAUCAGACAUAAGAUCUUGAGCAUGUUGGCAAAGAAUCCACCAUUUACCAAGAUGUCCGAGUCUUCACUUUGCAACGAGGCCCUUGUUGACCAGCUAUGGAAACUGAUGAAUUCAGGCACCUCCCAUGAUUGGAAACUUCGCUGUGAUGCUGUCAAUCUGUAUUACACUCUAUUUGGCCUCAGUAGACCAUCAUGCCUGCCUUUGCCUGAGUUUGGGCUAGUCCUCAAUCUUAAGGAAAAGAAAGCCGUGCUUAACCCUACCAUCAAAACUGAACCAGGAGCCAGCAAUGCAGAGUUGACAAACAAGCCAAACACAUAUGGACACAUGAUAUGCUUUCCAAACAGUGAAGAUGAGCACCUUGCCAGUGAGUUGCCAUGCAGUGCGCCAGUCCCGCAACAGGGAAUGAAGAGAAAAGCAGAAACCCCACUAGGAUCUCCGCUGGAACCUGGUCAGAUACUGGAGAAGGAAGAGGACAGCAGUAAAGUCAGAUUAAAAAUCAGAUUCUCAAAUUCUCAAGAGGAGGAAGAUAUUGAUAUGGACACGGUUCAUGACAGUCAAGCGUUUAUCUAUCAUCAUCUAAACAUGCUUGAAAGGCCAUCAACGCCAGGAAAAGAACCCCCAUCCACGGAGCCCACUAUACUGUCCAUGCCAACAACUCCACUCUCCGCAUUCAGUAAAGAAACAAACUCGUCCUCCAAACACAGCGAUCACCAUCACCAUCACCACCAUGAGCACAAGAAGAAGAAGAAGCACAAGCACAAACACAAGCACAAGCACAAACACAAGCACGAGAGCAAGGAUAAGGAGAAAGACAAAGACAAGGAAAAGGACAGAGACAUCCUGGCUUUUACCAACAGCCCGGCCAGUGGACGUUCAAUUCAUUCACCCUCUCUUUCAGAUUGAAGGGAGCCCCCACUAAGAAACUGGAAGGCUACACAGCAUGCUAGAGAGAAAACGUCCUAACUUUGCCCUUGCCGAAGGUACGGUUAACCAAGAGCUUAUCCACAGAGAAUGGUAAAAGUACAGAACUGGCUCCUAAAGCAUGUCGCUCCUUCCAGAUGUUCUGACAACAGUCUGUUUUGCAGAUGGAUCUGCUCUCCUUCAUGCAAAAAAAACACUGCUGUGUUUCCUUCUGCUUUUAUUUAUUUUAUCACAUAACAGGUCCACAAGGUUAUUGGCACAGUGCUGCACAUCAUGUUCCUCAAGUGGCCUGGCAGGCUCAAUUAAGUUUUAUUGCAGUUGAUAAAUGGUAAUGUUUGGCAAACCUUUUUACAGGGGAGCUUUUGCCACAGAUAAAAUCUAGCCAUUUUUCAAAGUUGUGCUUUUUUGUUUUCUUUAUCAUGAAGUGUGAAUCUCCUUCAUAUAGGGAUCUAUGUAACCACCAAUAAAUUGCAGUACCAUUCAAAUGUAAGUGUUUUAUUUAAUUUUUUACGAUGGCCUUAUUGCAUUGUUUUUAGCAAUAAAAUAUAUAUAUAUAUAUUUUUUUGGUAAAAUGUAAAUCAAACAUUGUGACAAUUUGUGCUGAAGAGCAGGCCAAGCAUACCGUUGGUUUAUAUUUAAUAUUGUUCAUUUGGGAAAUGUAUUAAUGCACCUGCAUUUAACUGGAAAACAUGAAUCAGAUAAAAUAGCCUUAACUGUAAAACAUUGUUACCAGUAAUAUUUAUGUACUGUAAAUUAUCUUAGAUUAGACCAUACAAUUACCAGCUAAAAAAACCAAAUUUAUAAUAAUAGUACUGGCAUUUGUUCCUUUUUUCUUUCUUCACUUGUUUAAUAUCAGAAAAUGCUAGAAACUCAACAUAGCAUUGCUUGUAUAGCCAUAUACAUUUUUGUACUAUAUUUUGUAGAUCACAAGUGUGUUAGUUUAAAGCCAACAUACACUUAAUUGUUUUGUUUUGCUUCAAAUAUUUUUUUUUCUAGAUCUAACUUUUCAGUAGUGCAGUGUUUUUAACACAAUGCUUUUUCACAUUGUAAACGCAUCUAAACUGUUUGAAAGAAGCCUGUCAAGAAAAUAUGUUUUCUUUGUAACCAUGUAUAUAACGUUUAGUAUCCAUAUAAGGACUGAAAAACUGCUAAUAAAGUAUUUGUUUAUACAUUUUAAAAUGGUGUAUUCUGUACAUUAUAAUGUGUCCAGAAAAUUCUCAGGCCUAAAUUUAGGGGAAAAACCGACCGCAAAAAGCCAUGUAAUGUGCGUGUUCAGUACGGCCACACUCGGUGUCAAAAUAACAACCUAUUUUAAUUAGACUAAUUGGGUGAAGCAGGUGAUUCCGCAAUCAGACCAUUUAAAUACCCCUCACCGCAAUUAGCGGUGGAGAAUUACACACCUCUCACAAUAAAUAGCGGGUUUGGGUCAACCCUGUGUGUGUAGGCAACACAUUCCAAAAGAAAAUGAAUGGCACACAAAAGACCUUAUCCUGGUACCUCAGCGAGGAUGCUCGGAAGCAAAAACUGAAAUUUACCAAUAUGGAAGUAGAGAUUUUGGUACAAGCAGUACUUGCAACACAUGAAGAUGUGUUACAAGCUCGAAAUACACCACCAGGGCAAAUGAAUAAAAUAUGGAAUGUGUGGUGGCUUCUUAAUAAACACCAUACUGCAGCAUGGAGGUCUGUGGGUGUACAAAUGGGAUUACCGGGUAUAUUAAAUAUAAAUAAUUACUUAAAUAGGGCAGCAGUGUGGAGUAGUGGUUAGAGCUCUGGACUCUUGACCGGAGGGUUGUGGGUUCAACCCCUGGUGGGGUAUUCACAAUGAAUUGAAUAAUAGCAACCUACAUCUAUAGUUCUAUAGUUCUGUUAAAUUAACACAUAAUUAUUCCACUAGUGUAGACCAAUGAUAGAUCUAUGAUUUAUAGAUUUGAUCUUGGAUUACUGUUUUCAAGGACUUGGACUUUUGUUGAAUUCAAAACUUAAGAAGCUUACUAGUACUACAAUGUAAAUUGGGGUUCUUUUUUUUUAUUCACUUUCCAGGUAUCUCCCUGAUACAUAUAUUUAUUAAGGGAAUUUUUAACUUAAACAUACAUUAAAAGUAUCACUGAUACCACUGCUUGUGGGGGGGGGGUAGAUACUUUGACAAAUGGAACUUCAGUUCGAUGCCUGCCAUUUAAACCACUUACAAGAUAUCACAUGUUCUACAGGAGUUUUUUUUUUUUUUUUACUCCAUUUUAUCCCCAAGUUGAAAUGCCCAAUUUUAAGCCUGGCUCUCCACUGCAGUCCCCGUGCUGGCCCAGGAGAGAUGAAGACAGACACACGCAUCCUCUGAAAUGCGUGCUGUCACUGUCCUCUUUUUUUCACUCUGCAGGCUCGCCAUGCAGCUACCUCAGAGCUACAGUGUCAGAGGACCACGCAGCUCUGGGCCGCUAGCAGGCAGGCUCGCAGGCGCCUGGCCAGUCUACGGUGGUCGCUGAUGCGUGGUGAGCCGAGGAGACCCUGUCCGACCUAAGCCGUCCCCACCCCGGGCGACGCUCGGCCAAUUGUGCGCCGCCCCCUGGGAACUCCCGUCCACAGCUGCCGGCGGAAUAGCCUGGACCCGAACCAGUGACCUCCAUGCUAUAGGGUGCAUCCUGCACUCCACGCAGAGUGCCUUUACUUAUAGAAGUUUCUUUAAUGAGAGCUUGAAGGGCCACUAAGAAUUAUCUGUGUCUGGUACAGUUUGUACUGUAUAUAUUUCUUUAGUGCUGCCAGGAAUAUCUUCCAGGAUAUUUGGACUAAUUUCCUCAAUGUUGUUUUAGCUGUAGGUUGGUGUUUCAUUCUUCAAGUAAUAUAAGAAAGCUAUAAAAUAACCUUUAAAUUUUAAUUGCAAUAUACAGUACAUUGCCAAAGUGGACUAAUCAUUAAAAAAAUAUGGGUAAAAGGUCCAAAUCUUGUUCAUCAAAAUUAUAUUUGUGUGACCUUAUUCAUUACCAUUGUGUAUUUUCAAUUUGUUGCCCCUACAAAAUGAACAUGCCUAGUGUUGGCAAAUGUCUUAUUUUUCCAUUUUUUCUGUAAACUUAAGUUCUCAUUUUUUGUAUUUUGAAUGAAGUUCAUGGAUAUGCUGAAUAUAAGAGGUUAUCAAGUUGGUUUUCAGUCUGCUUUCUCUGCAAUCUCAAUAGGGCUGUUUAAGAUAAUUUAUAGGUGUACAACAUGUUCGGUUGCACAUGCAAAUAAAAUGUGAAAUCUC